CUCUUGAUAUAAAAUAAAUAAUAUCCCACGCACUUGAUGGGGUUCGAACCAUGACAUCUAAGAUUAUGAAUUUCAGUUUCACCAAGUGAGUUAGGGGUGGUCACUUGUACUUGGUCAAUUGAAUAGAUUUGAACUCAUAAUUUAUGAAAUGAUGGGUUUCAAUCUUUGCCAAAUGAAUUGGUGACAACCACUUGUACUUGUCGACAAUUUAAGGCACAACAAUUAGUUAACGAAUCCAUGAGGAAAUGGAUAAAAGUAGAAGUUGCGUGGAAUCUUUCACGAUUUUUGCGGGGAAGGGAAUCGUACAACUGUCCCUAUGAUUAAAUCGUAUUUGGAGAGAGAGAGAGGGAGAUGGCAGUUGAGGAGAUUCAAGAGAGAGAGAGAGAUCAAAGCAGUUCUGACGUUCGGACCCUUUAUUAAAGCAGUUCAUAUAAGAACCCCUCUCGUUAUCAUCUAUCUUCAUCAUUAACAGAACAGAUAAUUUCCAAGGAAUACAAAACUGGUGGGCUGCAUAGUUGACAGAUCGUGUAUACAUGCAUAUGGCGGCACCCAGAAGCUACUUGGGCAGAUCAAACUACAGAUUCCUUCCCAUUGACCAUGGCCUCUCCAACGAUUCGAUUAUCUUCGAGCUGGAAGAGUCCGACGUCUGGAACUCGGGGGCUCUCUCUCCGUCGCCCGAGUUACGGAAGUCGAGUUCUAGAGUAUACAGAAAACGGUCGGCGGCGUCGCUGCCGGUAAACGUGCCGGAUUGGUCGAAGAUAUUGAAGGAAGAGUACAGGGAGAGUCGGCGGAGGGACCUCGAUGGCGAUGAUUACGACGAGGAAGCCGAGGAACAUGGGAAUCGAGUUCCGCCGCACGAGUUUCUGGCGAGGGCGAGGAUCGCCGCCUCCUCGGUGCACCAAGGGAGAGGGAGGAACCUCAACGGGAGAGAACUGAGAAGGGUACGAAAUGCAAUUUGGCAAAGAAUUGGGUUUCAAGAUUGAUUUUGUUUUUUAUUUUCCGCUUCUCUCUCUCUCUCUCUUUCUUUUUUCUUUUUUUUUUUCCUUUUAAAGAUACUGUAGCUAUAAUUUGUUCUUGCUUUUCUCAUUUUGAGAAGCCCUUUGUUUUACAAUGAGUGAUUGAUUGUGAGGAGAGAAUUUAGAUUCAAUUCUAA